ACACCAACAGAUGGUGCGGCCCGACGGCAGCGACGGUGGUCGAUUUCAAGUCAAUUUUGGGAUAGCCGUCUACUUCUGCACCGGCGACUGUCAAAGGUCGCACGGUGAACAUUUUCCUGCUGUCGAAAGGUUGAGCCAGACCAAGCUCUGAGCACGCUUAUCUGGAGUACUGACCGUAUGCUGGCUGGACUUGAAUUCGACCAUGAUCCAUGAAGCCGAAAUUGUGAAUUGAAUGCCCCAGGGUUUAGACCACCAGCCUGAGGGAAAACCUCUUGCAGUAGGUCUUUGGAAGAACGUGGUCGGGCUCCUGGUGUACACGGAAGUGAUUGUGUCAUGAGCAGGCAUCGAAGUCACUUGAACUCCGUUACCAGCAAGAGGAGGAGAGAGCGCUCACGAUUUUCUAGAAGUACUACGGUUACAGUAAUAUCUCAUGUCAGUCGUGAUCGGAACCUGAGUGCUCGAGCCAGUUGCGAUUUGCUGCGUGGGUGGCUGAAUCGCCCGAAGAGAAGCAUAAUCAUAAACAAAACAAGAACAGAAACGAUACAACACGAUUUGACUCAGAGGCGGGGCGAGAAGAGCUCUGAGAUUCAUACUCCUCGGAAGUCCAGACGCAAUUGCACAUGAAGAUGACGAUUGUCGAGAGCCUGACGGGCAUAUGGAGGAUAUACUUCAUCGGAUUGGGGCUGCUCAGUACCUGCGCAGCGCAGCCCGGGUUUGUGAGCAUCGACUGCGGGAGAAUGGCACCGGCGUACGUGGACGGGCUCGGCAUCGCCUGGAGUAACGACUCGGCAUUCACGGCGGCGGGAGAGAGCGGCGCGCUGGCGGGCACGACCAGCCGACUCUCGUGGCCGCUGAACAGCACGCUCAGCGACUUCCGAUACUUCCCGGAGCGCCGACCCAAGCAGUGCUACCGGCUGCCGGUGCAGGGCAACGCGACGUCGUACCUCGUCAGGGCCAUGUUCCUGCACGGCGCGAGCCCGCUGCUGCCGAUGCCCGUGAGCUUCGCCGUCACGCUCAACGCCACCGCCUGGGCCUCGCUCGAGUUCAACGAAUCGUCGUCGCUGGGACUCUCCAGCCCCGUGGUCGCGGAGGCCGUCGUCCUCUCGGCGGGCACGGUCCUCGACGUCUGCCUCGUUCCAGGCUCGGGCGCUCCGUUCAUCUCCUCGUUGGAGCUGCGCCCGAUCCUGGACCCGAACGUCAUGGCUCCGUUCGACCACAUGGCGCAGCAAGAGAACUGGACGGGCAGGUUUCUCCGUGACGGAAUUCGCCUCAACUGCGGUGCCGAUCUCGGUGCAGCCGCCGUGAGGUAUCCGGACGACUCUGUGGACCGGAUCUGGGACGCGCCGGAUUUGUCCAACGCGACGUACCCGAACAUGAAGGCAGUCACAGCGACGAACGCGACGGAAGAUUUGAUCGUGCCCGGGAAGGUGAUGGGCGACGCGUGGGGAUCAGAUGGCCGCGACGUCAUGGAGUUCGGGUACGAGGUGGCCGGGGGCGAUGGCGUCUACGCGCUCGUCUCCACGAAAGAGCUCGAGCCGCCGAACGGAUCGGUGCUCCGGGGCAUGAAGAUCAGUCUGAUCGUGGACGGGGUCACGUCCCCGAUCAACGCGACGGCGCGGCACGUCAACGCCAGCUCGCGCCUGCAGAGGCUGGAGGUGAUCACCGCGCUGCCCGCGAGCUGGUCGGGUCGCGUGACCGUGGCCUGGGACCGCGACGGGUGGUCCCCCGUGGGUCCGCUGGCCAACGCCCUGGAGCUGUACACCGUCGCCGUCUGGGACAGCUCCAGAACGCUCGACCGCGACGUGGCUGUGCUGCAAUCCCUUCGAAGCGGGCUCAAUUUGACCGAGUGGGACUUCGAUCCGUGCUUUCCGGUUCCCGAGCCCUGGCUCGAGUGCAACGCCACCUCUGGCACUGUCGUCAAAAUAAAUGUCACGGGCAACGAGCACCCUUUCGACCUCUCGGACGCCACGUUGACCAGCGAGUUGUGGGGCCUGGAGAGCCUGGAAACAGUGGUCCUGGAUCGGACGAACAUCUCGGCCGUGAAUCUGAGUGUGUGGCAAGAGUCUCUGAGGAGCAUCGAAGCAGGUGGCCCGGGGUCUUCGAUCAAGCUGUUCUCGCUCGUGAACUCCUCCAUCUCCACCGUCACUCCUGCGUUCAGCGUGCUGGCCACUCAAAUUGCUGCCACGCUCUGCUCACCGCACGCCGACGCGCUGAACGGCGGCGGCAUCCUACUCGGAGGCAACCCUUUCUGUGAGGAUGCGCGACAAUUCCUCGGCGAACAAUAUCUCGUGCAACAUGUCGAAAUGGCUUACCGAUAUGUUUGUCGAUUCUCAGCGGACGAGACGCCGCCCUCAGGCUUGGGCUUCUGUUCCACGAGCGAUGGGAGUUCCGGCGUUGCCAAGCAGCGCGUCAUCAUUGUGGUCUCUACGACGCUGGGAGCCUUGACAAUUUUGAGUAUCUGCAUCUGUUUGGGGACGAUAUGGAAGAUGAGGAAACAAAAGAACACAUUUGAUCAACUCGGUCGAGCUUUAGCAGGAGAAGGUGUGCAGCCUCGAUUCUUCUCCUACGACGACCUCAAACAUGCAACUCGGGAUUUCCACCAAGAUUUGAGGCUCGGAUACGGGGCCUUCGGCGAAGUUUACGAGGGGAAGCUAGAAGAUGGAACAAGAGUGGCUGUCAAAAGGCUCUUCAACAGCAAGCAGGUGCUGGACGAGUUUCUGAAGGAAGUCCGGCUCAUCACAGCCAUACAGCACCGGAAUCUGCUUCAGCUCAAGGGUUGCUGCAUCAGAGAUAAUCACACGAUGCUCGUCUACGAGUUCGCUGUCAACGGGAGCCUGGCAAGAACAAUUUCCGAUGGAAAAACGUCUCGAGUGUUCAUGCAAUGGCGACAACGCUUCGAUGUCUGCUUGGGAUUGGCUCGUGGGCUCGCGUAUCUUCACGAGGGACUGCAGCCUCCGAUUAUACAUGGAAACUUAAAACCGACUAACAUCCUGCUGGACGAAGAUUGGAAUCCCCAAAUCGCGGAUUUCGGAUUCUCUCCCGCUCUUGGGGACGAAGAGACUCGUCUACAACCGGUGCACCUGGCUGGAACUGUGGGUUACCUCCCUCCGGAAGAUGCGUCGGAAGGCCAGUUCACUGACAAGUUCGACGUCUACAGCUAUGGAGUGCUCGUGCUGGAGAUUGUCAGUGGGCGAAAGAGCAUAGAGUACAACCAGCCCUCCGAGCAGGUCUUUCUCGUCAAUUGGGCUCGGUAUCUGUACGAAGAAGGGGAGAGUGCACUGAUGAAGCUUCUGGACCCGAAUCUUCGGGGAAAUUGGCAAAUCAAUGAGUCGGAGGUCACGAGACUGCUCAAGAUCGGCCUCUGGUGCUUGCAGACGGACCCAACGAGGCGCCCGGCCAUGUCUCUCGUGCUGAGCAUGCUGCUCGGGACUGCGGACGUGGUGGAACUGCCGGACUCGCGCGACCGCGCAAAUCGAAUGAAUUUCGGCUCGUGGCGAAGAGAUUCCUCUCAGCUGCUCGACACGCUCUCCGAUUCGGACUCCUUCACAGACUUCAGCGUUGUUGCGGAACACAAAGAAUCCGAACUGCCGCUGUUCACGACCAUCACCCGCCGCGACAGCUCCAUCACGUACAUUUUCGAUGAUCCGCUGCCCACUGCUGCCAGCGUUGCCGGCGCGAGUCGCGAAUCCGAUGAAACUCCUCUCAAUCGUAGCAGCAUCACGGCCGAGGACGAAAUCAGUAGGGAACGAUAGCAGCUCCGUCCGUGUACUAUACCCUUACACCUGUACAGUCACUUUCUGUCGAACCCGCUCUGCUGCUGCAGAUUCUGACGAAGCCAUGCAAGCACAUCGACAUUGUGUACAUUUCUGUAAAUGAUGACAGAUUAUGACUGAGAAGGUUCUGCGCUCGAUGCGCUAUCUGAGACGCGAGUCAUCAGAUUGCGAUGGGAUUUGGACCACAGAUGAGACGAGACGAUGAACUUCAUCGAAGCGUGUGAGGACCGAGUGCAAUAACCUCGAUACUUGUUUCCCACCUGGAGAGUACUGAUCGCUAAAAUUAUCUCAUUUCGUGCACGAGCUAUUCAGUUUUGAACGGUUGCUCCUCUUUGUGCAUUGAAUGUCAGUCCAAGAGAGAGUUAGUCUACUAGAAAGAUAUUGGAAUUUAGAACAUCAAUUGCCCUGGGCAAGGACAAAGUUUAGAUAUUUAGUGGCAUUCAGUUAUUGAGAAACUUUUGUUAGUUUCAAUAUAGCUACUAGUGUAGACUUAGUACACUUUUGGUUACUGAGUAGUUUAGUUAGUUUCAGUAAUUGGACUGAGUAUGCUGGGUAGUUGAGAAAAUUCCAAAUGGGAUUUCAUUUUCUGAACUCCCAUAGUACUCUAGAAGAAGUUUUGAUAUGGAGGCAUGGUAUGGAGUCAACGAUGGUGUUUUAGUCUGGUGCUCUCAUAUACACAUGGAUCUAUCCUGUUACUAGGUGAAC